AUGACAUGUUCAAGAAUAAAGAAAUGUGACGCCUCGUUUUAUCACGUGAACAAAGAGUUGCAGGGGGAGAUCGAAAUUGCCGCCGCGUACUCCGUCAAUCCGUCGCAGCUUCUGCCGCUUCGACACAAGGGAGUUGAGGAUUACCUAAUUACGGCACCGUGUUCGUGCGAAACGGCCGACGGAGUGUCCGGAACGGCGUAUUUUCACGACACGUCGUUCAGAGUGGGAAUCGGCGAUACCUUGAGCGGCGUUUCGAAUCGAAAUUACAGCGGACAAGUUUGGAUAUUCGGUGAUCCGUUGCUUGAUGCUGGAGAUGUAACUGGAGUGAAGUUGUUGUGUGGAUGCAUCGAAGACGAGUCUAAAAUCGUGGUGACUUAUACGGUACAGCUGCAUGAUACUUUAUCCCAAAUCGCAAGUUCGUUGUGGGCUGAUGCUGAUGAAAUCCAUAGUAUGAAUUCGAAAUUGAUUCAAGACCCUGAGUUGAUCGUUCCCGGUUGGAUUUUGUUUGUGCCAAUGUACAAGAAUGCGUAUCAAACAACCAAAGGGUCGACAAAGAAACAUGUAUGGACAAUAGUGAUUGCAGUGCUAUCAACUUUGACACUACUUUCAUUGGGCUCAUUGGCUAUCAUCUUCAUAAGGAGAAAAUUGAAGAAGUCCCAACGUAACAACGAGCUCGAAAGUUCAAAACAUCAUUCCAAGAGUUAUAGCAUUACCGGAACAUCCAACUUUCAAUAUCCGUUGUCCAGGGCCAAAUCAGAAGCUCACAAAACAUUGUCCAGAAAAGUUAUGACAGAAGUAUCAGGGUUUGAAUCAGAAAAAACAUUGAUUUAUAGCAUUGAGGAGAUCCAAGAGGCUACGGCUAACUUCGAUGAAUCUCGUAAGAUUGGAGAGGGUGGAUAUGGAACUGUUUACCAUGGAGUAUUAAAUGAACAGGAGGUUGCAAUUAAGAAAAUGAAAUCAAAUAAAUCCAAAGAGUUCUUCGCAGAAUUAAAGGUUCUGUGCAGGAUCCAUCACAUUAAUGUGGUGGAGCUUUUAGGAUAUGCUAGUGGAGAUGACCAUUUGUAUUUGGUUUACGAGUAUGUUUCGAAUGGGUCGCUUAGUGAGCAUCUACAUGAUCCAUUGAAAAGGGGAUACCAACCUUUAUCAUGGCCUUCAAGAACACAAAUAGCUCUAGACACAGCAAAGGGGAUCGAGUAUAUCCACGACCAUACUAAAUCACGAUAUGUUCAUCGUGAUAUCAAGACAAGUAAUAUCCUUCUGGAUGAAAACCUUGAAGCAAAGGUUGCAGAUUUUGGAUUGGUAAAAUUACUCAGUCGGACGAACGACGAGGAACUUGUAGCGACUCGACUAGUCGGAACUCCAGGCUACCUCCCUCCAGAAUCUGUAAAAGAGCUGCAAGUGACACCCAAAACGGACGUAUUUGCAUUCGGGGUGGUUUUGGCAGAGCUAAUUACGGGGAGAAAAGCUUUGGUUCGAGAAAACCAAGAGCCAAAGAGAACCAAAUCACUAAUUACGCUUAUUUAUUCAAUAUUCCAAGGGGAAAACUCUGAGGCAGAGCUGGAAGCCGUCGUGGAUGAAAAUUUGCAUGGAAGCUACCCCAUUGAGGACGUUUACAAGAUGGGAGAGAUAGCGGCGUGGUGUUUGAAUGAAAAUCCGGUGGGGAGACCGGAGAUGCGUGAAAUUGUUGCUUUGCUGUCGCAGCUUAUGACCUCCGCCGUCGAAUGGGAAGCCUCACUCGGCGGUAACAGUCAGGUUUUCAGUGGCCUCUUCACCGGAAGAUGAUUCUCACACCCUUCGACCUCAAAUUCCAUAUUUACCCCUGCCCUUUUUUUUUUCCUCUUCUUCUUUUGUGAUAUUUUGUGAAACGAAGGAAGGUUUAUUGUAAUUAAAUUUAUUGAGUUCAUCUUUUGCCAAUUAGUACCGAAGAAAUCACAUGUGGGUUUAAGGGGAAGGAAGGAAGGAAGGAAGGAAAUAAAGUAAACUGGCAAAUUUGGCAUUGUGGUAAAUUGGCAAUUUUUGUUUUGUGGAAAUAAUAAUUUGUUGGCUAAUUAUAGUUUUAAA